GGCUCCAGUGCAGACUCAAAUAUGAGUGCUGGUUCGGCCUCUGGAAUUUUGUGUGAACCGUGAUCUACGUACCACUGAGUAAAAGCUGCCCGGCUGUUAAGUGGAUCGACAGCUACACGCAGUACGUCAUUCGCGACUCAUCUUGGUAAACAGUCAUGGGCCAUCUCGGCACGGUAGUCUCGGGCGUCCUUGCCCUGACGUCCAUACUCGUCCCCGGAGCUGCGGCUCAGACAUGCCCGGGCGUCAGCGGCCGCUUCCAGCCCAAAAUGGGCGCUGGCUACCGAUACAGCGUGCUCGCGACCGGACUUCGCCAGCCCCGGCAUAUCGUGGUGGACUCUGCGGGCAACCUGCUCGUGGCUGAGGGUGGCAGCCAAGGCGUGAGACGGCUCGUCCUGCAGGACCAGGGGAACAUCGUGUGCGUCCAGUCCAACACCCAGAUCGCCAGCGGAUCGACAAACCACGGCAUCGCGCUGAGCGCAGACGGCAAGACGCUGUUCACGUCGAACCUGGCCAGCGUGACGGCAUACUCGUACGACGCCAGCACCGGGCAGGUCGGUCAGGGCAAGCAGAUUGUGACGGGCAUGUCCUUCCAGGGGACCCACCCGACGCGGGCCAUCGCCACGUCCAAAUGGAGCCCGGACACGAUCCUGGUGGCUCGCGGGUCCAUGGCCAACGUCGACACCGGCACGACGCAGCAGUCUGCGGGCCGCAGCAUGAUCAAGACGUUCAGCAUCAGCCAGGGCAUGCAGGCGGCCCACCAGUACGCCACGGGCGGAGAGGUGCUCGGCUGGGGUCUCCGCAAUGUGGUCGGCCUGACCGAGGAUCCCAUCUACGGGGGUGUUUGGUCCGUCGAGAACGGCAUGGACGACGUGCGGCUGAACGGGCGCGACAUCCACAUGGACAACCCGGCCGAGCGGCUGAGCUACCACGGCGAGCUCAACGACACGGGCAACCGCUACAAGGGCCUCAACUACGGCUACCCCUCGUGCAUCGCCGCCUGGGACCCGCAGAACGUCGGCAUCAGCGGCCUGCUGGUCGGCAGCCUGUUCAAGCCCGACGGCGUGCCCAACGUGGCCGCCGACGAGUGCACCCGCCGCAUGACGGGGCGCCUGCACUUCCACGCCCACACCGCCCCGCUGGAUGUCAAGUUCAACGCCAACAGCACGGCCGCGUACAUUGCCUUCCACGGCAGCUGGAACCGCAACCCCGCCGACGGCUACCGCGUCACCCGCGUCGACUUUCGCAACGGCCAGCCCGUGCACGAUGUCACCAGCAAGACGGCCCAGGUACCCGUCAUGGAGAACGCCAACGUGGGCGGCUGCCCCAACAGCUGCUUCCGCCCCGUCGGCCUGGCCUUCGAUGCCAAGGGCCGCCUGUUCGUGUCGAGCGAUACGUCGGGGGAGAUUUAUGUCGUCUAUGGUGCUUAGUUACGGGUACAUACAUACACCA